AUGGUUGAAGAAUUUGCUGGAGAAUGGAUUGACUCAGUCUUUGAAAAUAUGGAUGAAUAUUUAAAAGAAGUUGGUAUUGGAUUCUUAAUAAGAAAAUUAGCUAAAACAAUAAAAGAUAAAUGUAUAAUGAAAAUUGAAGGAGACAAAGUUACCCUCAUAACAGAAUCAACCUUUAAAAAUCAUACUAUAUCAUGGGUUAUGAAUGAAAAAACACUUAUAAAUACUAUUGAUGGAAGGAAACAUUAUUCUAUUUUUACUUAUGAAAAUGGUAAAAUGAUUGAAAACCAAUUUCCAUAUAAUAAAGGAGAUAAAAUUUCAACCAUAACUAGACAUAUUGAAAAUGGUAAACUUGUAAUAACAAUGGAAUGUAAUGGUGUAAAAGCAAUAGCAACAUAUACUAGAGCUUAG